GCACAGGUGUCCCAGGAGGUCAGAGGUCUCAGCUGCUCUCCCCCUGGAGCUGAAGUUCAGAUGAUUGUGAGCUGCCCCAGAACUAAACUCUUCUGCGAUAGCACUUCCUGGCAGUUACUGAGGGGCUUCUUUGAGGAACCAUGAAGUCACACUAUGCUGUGCUAACCCUAGCCUCCCUGGUGUUCCUGAUGGGUCUCCCUGUGUCACGGAGCUGUAACAAAGCUCUCUGUGCCAGCGAUGUGAGCAAGUGCCUCAUCCAGGAGCUCUGCCAGUGCCGGCCGGGAGAAGGCAGCUGCCCGUGCUGUAAGGAGUGCAUGCUGUGCCUCGGGGCGCUGUGGGACGAGUGCUGCGACUGUGUGGGCAUGUGUAACCCUCGGAAUUACAGCGACACACCUCCCACCUCAAAGAGCACAGUGGAGGAGCUGCAUGAGCCCAUCCCCUCCCUGUUCAGGGCGCUCACGGAGGGGGACACCCAGCUGAACUGGAACAUCGUCUCCUUCCCUGUGGCAGAGGAGCUCUCACACCAUGAAAAUUUAGUUUCCUUUUUAGAAACUGUGAACCAGCCACACCACCAAAAUGUGUCUGUUCCCAGCAACAAUGUUCAUGCCCCUUAUCCCAGCGACAAAGAGCACAUGUGCACUGUGGUUUACUUUGAUGACUGCAUGUCCAUACAUCAGUGUAAAAUAUCCUGUGAGUCCAUGGGAGCAUCCAAAUACCGCUGGUUUCAUAACGCCUGCUGUGAGUGCAUCGGUCCAGAGUGUAUUGACUAUGGCAGUAAGACUGUCAAGUGUAUGAACUGCAUGUUCUAAAGAAGGAGAAGGAAUGCAAACCAAAGCAAUUUAGUUACUAGGAGGACAUGGAAAUUACUCAGUAAGUCAUGAAGUGUGCAGAAGUCAUGAGUCAAGUAUGCUAAGAACAUGCUAAAUUAUGUUAUUGUAACUGUACCUUUUCUGUUUGUUGCCUGGUAGUGUAUGUCUUUUCCAUGGGAACAGUAGAACUCUAGUCCUCUGAGAAUCGGGUCCAGAGGAGUUGUGGAAGAGCUGUAGUUGUGACAGAAGGCCUGGUGCCUGUGGUUUUGAAAGUGGUAGAGAAGACGGGUACCAGGAGCUGCGGCUUUCUCCUGCCAGUCUCAAGUCCACCAGGUCUCUGUCCUUAUGCCUCUCCUAACCGUGCCUUGGAUUGCUUAUCUGUUUUAUAUAAAGAGAGUAAACAUUGCAGUAUAGAAUUCUAACAGCUCACAUUCAAGCCACUGUAAAAGUUUAAUUUCAAACCAUCUUACAUUGGUUUUAGAAAGUAAAUAUUUGCUAUAUUUUACAACAGAAAACUUUUCCCUAGGGCCAGUGAGCUGACUCUUGGUAAAAAGUGUUUGCUGCCAUGCCUAAUGACCUGAGCUUGAUCCCUAGCCUGAGAGCCCGAACAGUGGAAGGAGAGAACCAGCUGACCUCCAUACAUGCACAGUGACACGCAUGCAUGUGCCCUUGUGUGUGCGCGCGAGCACACACACACACACACACACACACACACACAGAAAGUAAAUGUUUAAAAGAACUUUAAACCUCUCAUGUGGUGAGAUCUGUCCUACGGCACUCAUGCCAACAGUGACUUAGCCAUGGUCUUGCUCCCGACCCACAGUGCUGAUGGGUUUGAUGUAUAGGCAGUUGAAUCCUCUCUGCCAAGAAUUGCAGCACACCCUUGAAACUCCACUAAACGCACUGUGAGGAUCUGGGUGCAGAAGCCAGGAAAAGAGCAGCCAGGCUGUAUGUAGGUCAUGUGAUGCCACACCAGGCACCAGGAAGCAGCUGUCCUUUUCCAGCUGCACGAAAGAGGUGAGAGUGAGGUGCACCAGGAGAAGGGUCGGGCUCGGCACCAGCAAACCAGCCAGCUUCUCCAGCACACAGAACCGCAGGCUUGAUACCAGCAAACCAGCCAGCUUCUCCAGCACAUGAGGUUGCAGAGGGUUGAAGAGGAAUUUACAGAUGUGAACAGAGAAGGGCGAGAUUGUUGGGAACUCUUAUAAAACCAUUUGUAGUCACUGUUUUUGUUACUUUGUAAUGUCUGUAUUUGUUUCUGGAUAUCUGAAUCUAAUAUUCUUAUUAAAUAAGCAUCAUAUUUUGGAAGCUGUAUUUCUGAAAGUAGAAGGGGAAAUCUGUUUAAUAUGUUUAUUCCUAGCAUAUUACAGAAUUAUCUAAUUAGCUUCUUAUGUAGUGUUUCCCUAGAGACAAGCUGAAAUACUACAUACCUUUCAUAGAAAUAAAAUCCUCACUUUCAAGCAUGAAUCUAAAACAAAUAUUUAAAAUAUACAGGCUUGUUUUAAUGAAAUUGCUAUUUUUGCUAGUGCGGAUCUGAAUUAAAAGUAACUUUUUAGAAAUACUCUUUGUAUGUCUAUAUAUUUUAGUACAUAAAAUAGAAAAUGCUCUUAAACACAUUUUGCAUUCUUAUUUGAAUAGUAGUUAGAUACAAGAUUGUGAUAUUACGGCUACCCACUAUAAAAUCUGUUCUUUCCCAUAGCUGAAGAAUAGUCAAGGUCCUCAGCCUUCUAACAUCACGGUGUCCUCUCUCACUCUCACAGCAGUGCCUCUGUUUCAGCCUUGGGAACAUCUUAGCUCCUUUCGUAACUCCGACACCGCCCGGGGUUUUGAAGGACUGCAGCUUGCUGCUCCAUUUCAUCUUCCUAAUUGUCAAGAAAUUCAUGCCUGUGAAUGGGAAUGCUUUGAUGGUUGCAGGCAGUUUGCCUUCAAGUUUUCUUUUUUUGUUUGUUUGUUGUUUUUGUUUUGUUUUGAAACAGGGUCUCUAUGCAGCCCUGGCUGGCCUGGAACUUGCUACACAGACCAGACUGACUAUCCUCAUAUUUUUUAAUGGUGGCCACAAGCAUUGUUAACAUAUAUCGUUACCUUUUUUUUAAUCUUUUUGUUAUCACAUUUUAAAAUGUCGUAUGUCUUUUUUACCCCAUACAUUUCUCUGCGAACAGUUUCUUAAACCAAUUGCUUUACUGUUUUUUAUUGCCCUGUUUUUCCCAUUAGAAUUGAUCCCACAGAUAAGUUUUAUGUUCCUAUUUUGUGUAUUUCUCCUGAUUUGCCAAGGCCUUGAGGAAAAAGCAGCAUUCGGCCGACAGGUUUUAGUUUUAGAGCCGGGGGGUCGUGCACACUCUUGUGGUCCCACACUUGAGAGGCUGAACAAGGGGACUUCAGGAUCACAGGACACACAGCAAGACACUGUCUCAGAGCAGCAAAGAAUGAAAUUAAACAUUUAAGAAGCUAAUAGCCUCGCUAGUACCUUCUACACCAUUGUAGCAUGUUCACUUCCGUAUUGAAAAUUUGGUAAUAGUUUGUUUCUUUUUAUAGUUUCUAUAGUUUGCCUUUAUUAUAGCCAGAUCAGAAAACACUAGAUUUUAAGGGCUGGGUUGAAGCCCAGUGAUGGAACUCUUGCUUAUCAUGGGUGUAGCCCUGGGUUUCCUCCUGGGUACCAACAAGAAACAAAACACUAGGUUGUGAAUCAGAGGGUAUUAUUAAAUCCAUACAUACACACACUUUCCUGUAGCAAGACAUGGGCUUAUGGGCAGGUUUUUGUCUUGAGUUUCUCCCAUAACAUUUAAUUAUGACUGUAACUAUUUGUAAUUAUGGUACAAAAGCAAAGUGGUGAUUCAAGUAAAAUGUGGUGUUUGUUUACACAGAUGCUGUGAAAGGGGUCUUCACACCAAAGGAAAACUUUUUGGUUUUUCAAGACAGGGUUUCUCUGUAUAGCCUUAACUGUCCUAGAACUCACUCUGUAGACCAGGCUGGCCUCAAACUCACAAAGAUCCACCAUCUCUCCCUUCCAAAUACUGGAAUUAAAGGCGUGUGCCACCACUGCCUGGCCAAAGUAUAAGUUCUAAAGUUUCAGAAAAUAGGAUUGUCAUUAGGAUAUUUGAACAAGUAUUUGUAAAUCAAAAAACCUUCAAAAUAGAGAAACUAAAGCUUCUCUGGAAAACAAGGUUUCUGUUAGAACUGGGCACAGUUGGAAGGUUUGUACUUAGCGUCUUUCAAGACUUUAAAUUCUUUUGUUCAUUCCCAAGAGUCUGUUUCUUGCGUUUGGCAUGAUCUACAACAUAUGUAAUAGUGUAUAUUCUCAUUGGUUGUCUCUGUAAUCAAAAAAGUAUUUUAAUAAAAAAUAGAAAUGAA